AUGGGUCCCGCGGUGUUCACCGAGCUCGCGCAGCCCGCGUACGCGCGCGACCCCGACGACGACGGCGCGCACCCGGUGUCCGCGCUGCCCCCGGCGGCGCAGCUGGCGCUGCCCGUGCUCGAGCUCGUGGCGGCGGACGAGGGCGCCCACCCCAACCCUUGGACCGAGCCGCUCGAGAUUAAUACCGUGGCGGAGCGGCGCGCGCGCAUGUGGCACCAGCUGCGCGUGGCGUGCGAGAAGGCGCAAGAGGUGGAGCGGCGAGCAGAGGCGGACGCACAAGCGAGUGCUGGCGGGGCAGCAGCAGUCGCGGGAGCAGCACACGGGGCCAGCAGCGCCGUGCCUCCGUCCCCUCACUCCCCCGACCCCGCUACUAGCGCCGUUGCGGGCGGCGCGGCUGCGCCAUUCACAGCAGCAGGCGCGCGUGGCGUGCCGCCCGGGCUGCUGCAGUUCGCGCGCACCGUCGCGCGCCUCGUGGGGUUGGGGGGAGGCGCGCGCGUGGCGCCGGAGUGGAUGGCGGAGGACGGGGGGAGGGCGGAGGCGGAGAAGACAGACGAGGGCCGGGGCGAGGGGCAAGAGGGAGUGGACGGGGCACCUGAACUCACGCCCUCUGCUGCUGCUGCUGGCGCUGCUGGUGGCAGUGCUGUUGAAGGGCUUUCAGCGCACAAUAAUGAGGAUGCUCCUAGCGGGGUGGAGGAAGGGCAGGCAGCAGCGAGGGGCGGAAGGCCGACGUUUCAGCAGUGGCAGCAGGGGGGCGCGCAGGGGGGUGUGCAAGGCGGAGGGGGGGGCGGGGAGGGGCAUGAGGGUGGCGGUGGGCAUGCAGCGGUGGGGGCGGAUGGGCCGGCAGGGCUGGGCAGCCCGGGGGGCGGCGAUGAGGGCGCGCGCAGCAGGGGCGUGGGGGGGCUGGCGGACGUGGCGGAGGAUGUGAGUGUAUCGAGGGGCGGGGGCAGAGAGGGGGAGGGGGCGGGGUCGUGGGGCGUGCUGCUGGGGGGCGUGGGGCUGGUGCAGCAGCGCGAGGCACGGGAGCGCGAGUGGGCGCGCGAGGCAGCAGCAGCGGAGGCGCAGGCAGCAGCACUGGCAGCAGCAGCGGCGGCGCAGAGAGCGGCGGUGGCGCGGAGGAAAGCCGGGCUGGAUGGGCUUGAGGUGGCCGUGGGGGCGGGCGAGGGCGCUGCCGGGUCAGGGGCCGCGGGUGCGGUGGGGGCAGAGGGUGGGUGGGGCGUGGUGGGGUUCAUUCAGGUUGGGGGGGAGGGCGGUGGGGAGGAGCAGGAGCGGCGGCUGGAGGUGGCGUGUGCCAUCCGCGUGCGCGACACGGCCUCGGGCCAGGAAUACCUCGUGGAGCACCCAGCGCUGCUGCUCUGGGGGGGGGAGGAAGGCGCUGGUGGGGCAAUGGGCACGGAGGGCGUGCGGUGGGGCUUUGGGGGGAAGGCAAUGAGGGGGCGAGGGCAGGCGGGGGCGUCCACCGGUGGGGGGAGUGUGGGCGGUGCGGGGGUUGAGGGCGUGGCGGAUGGGGAGAAUGUGGCAGCGCUGCUGGCUCUGAGGGCCGUGCGGCAGGCGGUGCGCGAGGAGAGGGUGGUGGAGCGGCGGCGCAAGAAGAAGACCUCCCUGGCGCCCACAGCCGCUGCAGCUGGUGGCAUGGUGGGUGCAGGCGAGGGCGAGGAGAGGCCAGCAGAGGGCGCAGUGGAAGGGAAAGGGAGUGCUGCAGCAAGUAGCAGUGCACGGGACAGAGGCACCGUGGGGAGUGAUAGGGAGGGCGGUGAGAGGGAAGGGAAGGCGGAGAAGGAGGGGAGGGAUGGCGGAGAGGUGGGUGCGGUUGAGAGUGGUGAGGAGGGGUCGGACGCGGAGUACCGUGAAGGGGUGCGGUUUGUGAGUGCUCGGCGGGACACCCUGGGGCUGACAGAUGAUGAUGAUGAGGGCGAUGUGGCGCGCAGCGAGGUGUUCGCUGAUAUCGAGGAGGCGGGAGAGGAGGAGGAGGGGGAUGAGGAAGAGGAGGAGGAGGAGGACGAGGAGGAAGAGGAAGGAGACGAAGAGAGGGAGGGGGUUUCGUGGGGGAAGAGAGAAGCGGAAGUGGGGGGGAAAGGGGACGGGGAGGGGGAGCGGGAGGGGCAGCGUGGCGACAAGAGUGGGUCACCGGAGGAGAGUGGGAAGAAGUCCAGGUGGGGGCGCAGGGUGGGUAAGAGCAAGGCCAGUGCAGGGGUGGGGGGAAGCGAGGAGGGGAUGGACGGGGAGGAGGGUGGAGAGGGCAGCAAGGAGGAGCGGGGCGGCGUGGAGGAUGGGGGGGAGGGCGGCGGGCAGGGCCGGCCCAAGUCGAGCCGUGGGCGCGGGUGGCUCAAGGCCAUCCGCCGUGCUGCUGGGUAUGGCAGUGGUAGUGGCAGUGGCAGCGGGAAGGGCAAGGAUGGCGGCAAGAGUAAGGGGGGGCAGGGUGAGGACAAAGAGGGCGGUGUGGGGGUUGGAGGGGGAGCGGUGGGGGGGGAGGGCAACGGGGAUGGGGGCGGAUGGUCGGGGGAGGGAGAGAGGCCGGGGGAGCCAUCAGUGCAGGCAGGGGAGCGCUCAGACCAGCCACCUGCCGGACCUCUGGGAGGCUCGGGCCUAACCUCAUCCGGACUAGCAGGCUCGGGGCCAGGCAUGGCGAAGACAGCAGCAGCAGGGGCAGCAGCAGGCGGGGGGGGUGGGGCGUUGGGCGCUCCUGCGGUGGGGCCGGUGAGGGUGAAGGUGUCGGCUGUGAGGAAGCCCGCCCGCCAGCUGUCCGACCUGUGGCUGCGCCAGGAGGUGCGCGGCGCGCACGACGGCGCUGUGUGGGUGGCGCGCUUCAGCUGCUGCGGGCGCUACCUCGCCACGGGCGGGCAGGACGGCGCCGUGCGCGUGUGGCGGGUGGAGGGGGCGCCAGGGGGGGUGGGCGAGGGGAGUGGCGCCGCGGACGAGGUGGUGGUGGGCACGUGGGAGCGGCGUGGGGGGCGGCUGGGUGGGGGAGGGGGCAGUGGAGGGGUGGAGGUUGGGGGGGGGAGCACAGGAGGUGCGACGGUGAAGGGGUGGGAGGAAACGCAGGUGCGGGUGAGAGGGUACCCACGGGAGCGGUCCGAUGGCACGCCGGCAUUCGCAUCGGAGGAGAUGGCCCCGCCUGCCCUCCCCCACGCGGCGUCGCUGUCGUCUGGCUUCCGCUCCGUGCCCUCCUCCCCCAUGCACCCCCUGCUGCGCCCCUCCUCUGCCGCCUCCCACGCACCUCCAGAGGCAGCGCCACGCGGCCGCGCGGGUGGCAGUGGCAGCGGAGGCGGGGGUGGCGGGGCGAGCAUGGGGCGGGCGGUGGCGCUGUUCCGGCUGCAGGAGGCGGCGCUGUGCUGCUUCACGGGCCACUCUGCUGACGUGCUCGACCUCGCCUGGGCGCCCAACGGGGUGCGCCCCUCCCCACGCCUCUCAUGCCGCCCCUCAUGCCGCCCCUCCCCACGCCCCUCCCCACGCCCCUCCUCCACGCCCUUUCCCAUGCUCCUCCCCAUGCCCCUCCUCAACACCUGCCCACGCCCGCUGCUGGUGUCGGCAUCAGCGGACAGGACGGUGCGCUUGUGGCAUGUCGGCUCCUCGCACUGCCUGCGCGUCUUCCCCCACCCCGACAUAGGCAAGUGCACUGCGAAUGUGUUUCUGACGGGGGCGCUGGAUGAGAGGGUGCGCGUGUGGGCGGCAGCGCAGGGCGGCGUGCUGGACUGGGUGGACGUGGGCGAGAUGGUCACUGCCGCCGCCUUCAUGCCUGAUGGCCAGGUGCGUGCCUUCACCCCUGACGCCCAGGUGCGUGCCUUCACCCCUGACGCCCAGGUGGGUGCCUUCACCCCUGACGCCCAGGUGCGUGCCUUCACCCCUGACGCCCAGGUGCGUGCCUUCACCCCUGACGCCCAAGUGCGUGCCUUCACCCCUGACGCCCAGGUGUGUGCCUUCACCCCUGACGCCCAGGUGCGUGCCUUCACCCCUGACGCCCAGGUGCGUGCCUUCACCCCUGACGCCCAGGUGCGUGCCUUCACCCCUGACGCCCAGGUGCGUGCCUUCACCCCUGACGCCCAGGUGCGUGCCUUCACCCCUGACGCCCAGGUGCGUGCCUUCACCCCUGACGCCCAGGUGCGUGCCUUCACCCCUGACGCCCAGGUGCGUGCCUUCACCCCUGACGCCCAGGUGCGUGCCUUCACCCUUGACGCCCAGGUGCGUGCCUUCACCCCUGACGCCCAGGUGCGUGCCUUCACCCCUGACGCCCAGGUGCGUGCCUUCACCCCUGACGCCCAGGUGCGUGCCUUCACCCCUGAUGCCCAGGUGCGUGCCUUCACCCCUGACGCCCAAGUGCGUGCCUUCACCCCUGACGCCCAGGUGCGUGCCUUCACCCCUGACGCCCAGGUGCGUGCCUUCACCCCUGACGCCCAGGUGCGUGCCUUCACCCCUGACGCCCAGGUGCGUGCCUUCACCCCUGACGCCCAGUUUGAGGGCGGAACCACUCGCUGCGCAGUUCACCUCGCCAAAUGGAAAGGGCAAGAUGAACGCCCUGUCAGGCUUUGCAAGGACGUGUCCCUGAAAGUCCGUGAAGAAGUGCGUGCCAUGUACGAAAACAAGGAGGAAAACAAGAGCAUGAAACGAGGGGCGGCUGCUGCAGCACUCGACUCCGUGCUGGGCGCGGUCACUGCUUGUGCGAAGAAGAAGGGGAAGAUAACAAAAUUCUUCGGCGACGAGGCAACGUGCGCCAAGGAGGAUGCGGAUAACGCGCUUUGCCUAAUGUUCUCGGCGCUGAAGCUUCCAGAGCGCAUCGUGGAUGAUCCGGUCUUCCGCUACGCGGUCCAAUGCUUUGCGCGCGCGGGACCGGGGUAUGUUCCCCCCAAGAGGGGCUACGUUGGAGGGGCGGGCUUGAAGAAAGUGCGGCAGAAAAUGGAGGCAGCGCUCGCCCCCGCUGCCGCGAGCUGGAAGCGGGACGGUGUCACCGUGUCGUUGGACAUGAUGACCGACCGUUGUGGCCGCCCGCAGGCCAACAUACUCCUUGUCAACGACUCCGGCGCAGUUUUCGAGCAGGCCGUGGACUGCAACAUGGAGUCGAAGACGGGGGGGUACAUCGCCAGCCUUCUCCGCCCCGUCAUUGAUAAGGUGGGGCUGGAGAAUGUGGUGGCGGUCUGCACCGAUGGCGGCAGCAACUAUGCAUCGGCAGCGCGGAAGAUUGCGGGCACAUGGCCGGACAUUGAGCAUGUGCCAUGUGCCACGCAUGUCCUGGACCUGUUAAUGGAAGAUGUGGGCAAAAUGGGAUGGGCGAAGGGGCUUGUGGAGAAAGGAGGGGAGAUGAUUACCUUCGUGCGCAACCACCACUUCACCCGUGCCUAUAUGAAGAAAGUGGGGGGGAAGCAGGUGCUCAAGCCUGCGGGAACCAGGUUCGGGACACAAUACAUAGCCAUGGCCCGGCUAUGUGAGGUGAGUAGUGGGCUGGCGGCGGCGAUGGUGCUCAGCGACGAGUGGAAGGUGUGGGCAGCGGGGGACAAGGAUAGGAAGACUGCAGCCGAGAAAUUCAGGGCUGCUGUGAUAGAUGAGGAGUGGUGGGGGAUGGCGGAGUUCUUUUCAUCUCUCAUGGCGGUGCCAUUCAAGGCCAUGCGGGCCACGGACUCUUCCGCGAAAGGCAUGAUGGGUAAGCUGUAUGACAUUAUGCUACAGCUUACCGAGGACAUCAAUGACAAGCUCGACGCUUCAGGCGACUUCUUGACUCGGACAGAGAGGGCAGACAUCACCAAGAUUGUGAAGGACAGGUGGGACAACUCCCUUGCCUGCCCCAUGCAUGUGGUUGGCCGGAUCCUGAAUCCGGCCAACCAGGAGGAGGGAAUUUUCUGGAACGAUGUGGAGUGCACGAGGGUGUUGAAGGACUACAUCGAGCGCCACUAUGACCACGUCACCUUCAGGCUCGGCAAGGAUGGUGCCCCUCGCCGCGCCUCCCUUGUGCUGCAGGAGGCAUUGCUGGCCUACAUCAAUUUGGAGGGCAGUUUUGGCAAGCUGAGCGCCAUAGCUGCAAGGGAGGCAGUGAAGAAAGGGGAGAUGAGCAUGGUGCAGUGGUGGUCGUGGCACAGCACCGAGUACCCUGAGCUUGCCACCCUCGCAUGCCGGAUUCUCGCUCAGCCCAUCUCGGCUUCUUCAUGCGAACGUGGCUGGGCGCAGUGGGAAGGCGUCCACACCGCCCGCCGCAACCGCCUCGGGUCCACCAAGUGUGCGGACCUGGUUUACAUUGCGCACAACUGGAACGUUGUGCGCAAUUGGUACAACAAGGAUGGGGCCAGCACGGUUGUGCCCGGGAACAUCCCGGAUGCCCCUAUCCCCCGCGGCUACAACAUGGACGAGGAGGAGGAGGAUGACCUGCUGGGGGGGGAAGGAGAUGAUCCAGUGCUGGCGGAUGAGUAUGGGGAAGGGGUGGUGGUGGAAAAGCCCCGCAAGGAAAUAGGCUCCUUCACCCCUGACGCCCAGGUGCGUGCCUUCACCCCUGACGCCCAGGUGCGUGCCUUCACCCCUGACGCCCAGGUGCGUGCCUUCACCCCUGACGCCCAGGUGCGUGCCUUCACCCCUGACGCCCAGGUGCGCCCGCCCGUGCUGCCACAGCCUUGUGUGCUCAGAGAGGAGCGUGCUGUGAAGGCUUUGUGUGCUCAGAGAGGAGCGUGCUGUGAAGGCUUUGGCAUAGCAGUGGGGACAGCCAUCGGCAAUUGCCGCUUCUACUCCAUCUCUGGUAACCACAUCAUGCUGCACACAAGAGAACACAUGAGACCACGGCGUUCAUGCAAACUGUCCAUCCUCAUUGCCAGAAUUUUGCGUUUCCGUAACCCCUCUCACCCCUCUCACUGCAUGCACUCGUUCAACUCCUUGACCCGUUUCUCCCCAUACAUGCUCUGCCCGGCAGCUGACGGCGAGCUGAGUCUGGACGAGUCAGUGGAUCUGCGCGGCGCAAAGGCCAAGAAGCUUCCUCCGAAGAAGAUCACGGGCAUCCAGGCGGUGCCGGGGUCGUCCGCCCACGUGCUGGUGUCGGCGGCGGACUCGCGCCUGCAGCUGUACCAGGGCGCGCAGCUCAAGUGCAAGCUGCAGGGCCACAAGAACACCGCCUCGCACCUGGCGGCGGCUGUCAGUGUGGGCGGUGACUUCAUCGUGACGCCCAGUGAGGACGGCACCAUCUUCCUCUUCAACCCGCCUGGGCUCCUUGCCAAAACCGGACAGCCGAAUGACCGGCAGAAGGCAUACGAGUAUUUUGCGUGCCCGAGCGUGAGCAGUGCAGUGGCAGUGUGGCCGCUGGGGGUGGAGAGGCGGCGAGUGGGCCAGUCGUCGCUGACCUCAGGUGGUGCUGCCAGCGCCUCUCUGCCCGGCCUGUUGCCUGACCAGCCACGUCUCAUCCCCCGGGGGACCAGCUCCGCCUCUCCUGCUGCCACCCUCACGACACGCCCAGGUGCUGCUCCUUCCCCUGCCACUGCUGCAGCACCUGCCGCUGCCAGCAGCAGUGGCGGCAGCACAGUGGGGCUGUUCUACGGGGGUGCGGCUGCCCUCACAGCAGCAGCAGUGGCGCCUUCUCCCUCACCAACAUUGGCGGGCGCGGACUGGGAGCAGAGCAGCCGGGGCAGCCAUGGGGACAGUAAUCCCAGCCGCCCCACCACGAGUGCCAGCGUGGGCGGCAGUGCAGGGCAGCACAGCACGUCCACGGACCUGGGGGGGUCGGGCGAGGCGGACAAGGCGUUGAGGGAGCGAUUUGAAGCUGCUGUGGCCGCCAUCGCUGAUGGCGGGGCAGGCGCUGCGCCUGGCAAUGGUUUGGGACAGGCAGUGCAGGACGGAGGUUGGAGUGUGGCAGCAGCAGAUGGGGGCGCAGCAGCAGCAGCAGGCGCUAGCAAGCCCCCGCUGCACUCUGCUGCCCCAGGGGCAUCACGAAGCCCUCUUCGUCUUUUCUCCCCCUCCUGGGCGGCAAGUGAUGAGCUGGGGGGCGGCGGCAGCAGUGCAGCCGACGGGCUGGAAGCGGCGGCAGCAGCAGUGGCAGGCACAGAGGGGCCAACGCAGACUGUACCAGGUGCUGCAGCACAGGCAGCAGCACAGGCAGCGGGUGAAGCGGCAGCAGCAGCAUCGAGACGGAAAGAGCAGAUGGCAGCCGCCGCAGCAGCUGCCGCACCCACACCACCCAAGGGCAGAGCCGCAGCCACAGGGGGAGGGGCAGGAGGAGGGGCAGGGGGAGGAGGGGGCGAGGGAGGGGGGUGGCAGUGGGGUGAGGGCACGGCAGAGAGGGCGUCGGCACUGGGGCUGGUAAUCGUGGCGGGCAGCUUCACGGGCGAGCUGAGGGUGUACCAGAACAUGGCCGCCCCCUCCAAGGGGUAG